CAUUGGCGUAAACCAAUCAGAAUUACUUUGAGGCUCUGUUCGUGGAAGAAAUUGAAAACUAAAGUGUUUUGGGCUGUUUGGAAAGCAUGUUGGGAGCUUGCUACAAAAAACAACUUGUUGGUGCUUUGUAGGAAGUAGUUGAUAAGCAAUGGCAGGAGCUUUGGAUUUGGAAGGACAGCUAUGCUCUAUAUGUUGGGAAGGAAAUGAUUUCAGGGUGUUGCAGUGUGGCCAUGGGUUUUGUUUAGAAUGUCUCAGAGCACUGUAUAUGAAUCAUGAUCACAAGAUAGUUUGUCCAAUGGACAGAGCUCCAGAUGAAAGACCACCAGAAAGUCUGCCAACUCCAAAUCAAUUUCAAGGACGACUCUAUAUUCAAACAGUUGAUGAUGAAGUUUAUGUCAAUAUGAAUCAACUUAUUGAUGCCCAAAUUAAGCAAAGGAAAUGCACAAUCAAGCAACUUAGAAUGAUUGUUGCAUCACUUACUGGGCAUGAAUUCAAUUGUGCUGGAGCAAAGAUUGGUGGUAGUGCUUUAGGGAUUGGUGGUGCAAUCAUGGGCAUUGUUGGCAUCAGCCUUAGUUUGACUGGCGUUGGGGCAGUUGCAGGCAUGCCGCUAGCUGCUACUGGUUUUGGACUAGCUGCAGCUGGGGGUGUGACAGCAGGUGUUACAAUGGUAGUGGAAGGAAUCCUCAAGAAAAUUGGAAUUGAUAAAAUCCAAGAGGAACUGCAAAGAGACUACUUUAAGGCAGAACAACUAAAAGUUCUUUUGUACAGAGCAGCAAAUGAUUCCCACUUUGCAAGAAGAUGGAAUAUUUAUGGUUUGGAUAUCGUAUACAUUGGGAGUUUGAUACCAAGAAUGGCAAAACUUGGCUUAACAACUGCUGCUGGAAUACGUAUAGCUUUUGGCAUUGGGAGAGCAGCCACAACAACUGCAUUACAUGUUGCUGGGUUGGUAUUUGCAGCAGCACUUAUUCCACUGGAUAUAGCCCAAUUGAUAAUCAGUUCAAUAAAGAUUCACAAAAAGGAGCCAUCAAAAGUGGUACAAGAUAUUUCAGAUCUGGCAGAUGUUUUGGAGAAGGAGCUGAAGGUGUUUCUUAUUGAUGGGGGCUUCUUUAACCUGGUUUAUACAACUGAUGGCUGCUGGGCAUACAUAGAGGUUUAUGCAACGAAAACAAAUGCAUUUGAGCAGCAGAAAGAAAGAGGCUUUCUUUUAGCAGAGCUGGCUGAGUUUGGCAAUAUUGUUCAUCGAGGAAGUGAACCAGAUGUUCCCAACAGAGUCAGGAAUAUAAUCCAAAAUGAAUGGUACAAUCACUAUGACGAGUACUUGGCCAAGGUUUUGGAAGAAUCAUUGAGUUUAGGGCAAGAAUGACCCCUCUUCUUGUGAUUUGUCUUUGCUUUAGCAAAAUGUACACAAUAAAGAUCUGGUAUCAAGGUUAGACAAGGGAGCUGAAAUUUUUAGAAUAGUUUGUAGAUUUAUUGUAAGAGUGCAUGUUUUUAGGCAUAAUCCUGAUGUUUUUAGGAACACUGUCAUUACCUAUUUCUCUUUAAUAGUACUUUUUAUUUUUACUGUAAUUUGUAAGAAUAUAUGAUCUAUUUUUGAAUGUAUUUAAGAGUUUGGGCCUUUUAUAGAAGCCCUGUACAGAAAUUUUUCUACACCUUCUCUCUCCUCUAAUCUUUGCAUCCUAAGGUCUUCUCCUCAAAAUGUCAUUGUUCUAAUCUUAGUAAGCUCCUGCCAGUAUAGAGGGGUGGGAGGAGUAGGAUAAAGUCCCUGGAAAUCACCUCAUAUUGUAUUGUUGGCAGAAUUAAGCACCUUCUUUGAGUGUCCUUUAUCUUUGAUUUUUAGGAUAUUAAAGCAAUAACUAAAACAUGAUUCUGUCACUGGACAGCAAUUACUAGAAAUCUUAAUUGUGCCAAAAACUAUGAUCACAACAACAUGUUUAGGAUAACUUGCAGAAUUUGGUUGUCUUUCUGUACACAGAAGGAUUUUGUUUUACACAUUCUCCAUUACUUUUUGAUCAAUUCCUUUGGUAACAUUUUCGAUUGGCAAGCGAAGCUGACCUGGCAACCUUUUACAGCCAAGUGCUUGCGAUGCGAAUUGGCCUAUUUCAAUCCACAACUGGGUAAAAAUAUUUCCCUACCUAGUACUUUUGAUCGUUGUUCUGACGUUUUAUACUGUGAAGGGUGUCUGAUGAAAAGCUUAAUUGUGUUGAAAAUGUUUGCUGUUUUCAAAGUCAUCUUUGAAGAUUGUGGCAUGGAACUGGUUCGGUACCUUUCUUCCUCUAACAAUUGAAUAUUGAUAAACCCCAUCCAUAGAGGUACUUUCACGAGAAACAGAAGUUGAACAGAUACUUGAUGAUUGCAUAAAGCGUGAAAAUUGGAGUUGCAACUUAGAAUUAUCCAAUACUACACACCAAAGAGGAAUUAAUGGACUGGAAGAUUUCCAAGGUCAGGAGAAAACUUUUUGAAAAUAAUUCAAGAAAAAUUUUCUCUAUAAAUGAACAAAUUACCUUGAAUCAAAGCUGGUAAAGCCAUGUCCUUAGAUUAGAAGUCUGCUGACCUAGAACUUUGAGCCAAACUAACUUUUAACUACCUGCCAUUGACUGAAGAUUUUGGAAUUGAAGAGCAGUUUUUUGCCAUAAGUUUGCAUAGAGCUAACAAAGAGGAAAGGAGCAAAAAGGGUCCAAUGCUGAGGCUAAAAAAUAUGUGAUAAGAAUAUGGUUAAUCAGUGAUCUUGUGU